UAUUUGACCAAAGUUCUCUCAUUCAUUACUACAUAAGAGCGGUGAAAUACAGCCAUGCAAUGCAGUGCUGUGAAUUAAGCUUCAAUCACAUACUUCUUCUCCUAGAUCUAGAACUUGUUGUGAACUGAACAACAUAUAUAUUCUAAGCUCUUUGAACUUAUCCUUCAUUGAUCAGAUUCAGGAUCUUUUGUCUCUUACCCUUUGAAGGACCCUGCCCCUUAUAGUGUUGUUGAUUUCAGAGAAAUGGAAAACAUCAAAGAUCCAUCAAUUUACCGCAAUCCAGUCAUAUUGCAGAGCGAGGACUUAACCAAGUAUAUUCUGGAAACUGCUGUUUACCCUAGAGAACCUGCGCCUCUAAAAGAGCUGAGGGAAGCCACUAAUAAUCACCCUUGGGGCUUCAUUGCUACUUUACCUGAAGCGGGUCAGCUAAUGACCUUACUUUUGAAGCUGUUGAAUCCCAAAAAGACCAUUGAAGUGGGAGUGUUUACUGGUUAUUCCCUUCUCCUCACCGCACUCAACAUUCCUCAUGAUGGAAAGAUUACAGCCAUAGAUAUUAACAGGAAAACUUAUGAGGUUGGUUUACCAGUCAUCAAAAAGGCUGGAGUUGAGCACAAGAUUGAUUUCAUAGAGUCUCCAGCUCUACCAAUUUUAGAUAAGCUACUUGAAGAUCCUGCAAAUGAAGGAUCUUUUGACUUUGCCUUCAUUGAUGCUGACAAGGAGAACUAUGUGAACUACCAUGAGAGGCUUAUAAAGCUGGUCAAGAUUGGGGGGUUGCUUGUGUAUGACAACACACUGUGGGGUGGACGUGUUUGCUGGCCUGAAGACAAAGUUCCACCACACGCUAGAUCAGGGAGGGACGCUGCAAUUGAAUUUAACAAAACAAUCACAAACGAUUCUCGUGUUGAAUUUGCUCUUACUUCCGUAGGGGAUGGGCUCAAUAUUUGUAGGCGCGUUGCUUGACUUUUGUGUUAAUGCUCUGCUAUUGUAUAAUUUGUAUUUCUAGUAGCCACCUGAAUAAACAUUGCAUUUUGUGUUCCUAAUAAACUUUUGGUUUCAUGUUACAUUACUACAAGUUAGUUUUA